UGUACGUUGUUUUCCGCAGCCUUUAUUCCCUGGUGCAAUUAAAAGAAUUGACGUCAAUUUUUUUUUAGAGAAAAAUUACUAAUCCCCAAAAAAAAGAAGCUUUCGAAUUUCUUUCUAUUUGUUAUUUUGAUUAACAUUUUCCCGAUAGAUAAAAAAUAGUAAAAACAGGUCAAAAUGUUAAUGAGUAAGUGCACAUUUUUUGGUUAAAAAAAAAUUUCUUUUACCAUUUAAACAAGCGUCAUAGUGAAAACACACAACUGCAACGAAAAUAGAAAAAAGAUGCAAGACGAAGGAGCCGAUGGUUCGCCAUGGAACAAUUCCAGUGGCUGUGAGGAGGAACGGAAACCAAAUAUAAAAGAAAAGAAAUCCAAUGUUUUGCCGUUAUGGGGCAACGAAAGGUCUAUGAAUUUGAAUCCAUUGAUUCUUACGAAUAUACAGUCUUCACAUUAUUUUAAAGUCAAUCUCUACGAAUUGAAGACGUACCACGAAGUUAUUGAUGAAAUUUACUAUAAAGUGUCACAUCUUGAGCCUUGGGAGAAGGGCAGUCGGAAAACUGCGGGACAAACCGGAAUGUGUGGGGGUGUUCGCGGCGUGGGGGCUGGAGGAAUCGUCUCAACGGCUUAUUGCCUUCUGUACAAAUUAUUUACCUUAAGGUUAACGAGAAAACAAUUAAAUGGUCUUAUAAAUCAUCCCGAUUCCCCGUAUAUUCGAGCUUUAGGAUUUAUGUACAUCAGAUACACACAACCGCCGGCAGAUUUAUUCUCAUGGUACGAUGAAUAUUUAGAGGACGAUGAGGAAUUGGACGUUAAAGCUGGCGGUGGACAAACAAUGAAAAUGGGUGAUAUUUUAAAGCAAUUUCUCACGAAACUCGAAUGGUUUUCAACAUUAUUUCCAAGAAUACCUGUGCCUAUUCAAAAGGAUUUGGAACAUCGUCUCGGUGAACGAUUUCCUCAACAAACGUCAAAUUCACGAAAUGCAAAACCUUCAAUUACGUUGAAUAAUCAUAGUAAAUAUAGCAGUAGUGGAAGAAAGGAUAAUGGAAAUUUAGGUCGCAGUCAACCAAGGCACAUUCCUGAUAGCGAAGCACAUUGGGGAGAGGCUGAAAGAGCGAGCCACUGGCGAGCCAGAUCGGAUGAGGAUCGAAGAGAUAAAAAUCGAGAACGAGAGAGAGAACGAGAUAGGGACAGAGAACGUGACAGGGGACGAGAACGUGAACGAGGAAGAGAUCGAGAUCGUGAAAGAGAUCGUAAACGUUCCUCGAGUCGAGAUAGAAGUCGAAGGCCCAGGGAGUACAGGCAGCGGAGCAGAGAUCGUCAUCGUGAUCGUGAUCGACAUGGAGAAAGGCACUCGCCGUAUGAUUAUGCGACGGAACUCGCAAGGGAACGAGAAAGACAACGGCGAGGCUAAUUGAGAGUUAAGUAUAUUGUGAAUAUACAAUUUUAUUGCGAUGAAAUAUGAAAGCUAGAACCGAGCCAAUCUGGGAGAGAAAAUAAACAAAUGAAUUGCUUCCAAGCGAAGCAUUAGCCUAAAUAUUAAUUUUACUAUAAUUGAAUAGUGUAGUUAAUAUGUUGUUUUUUUACAAAAAAAAAAAAAAAAAAAAGAAUAAAUGACCGACCAUACACGAAAUUCUUCUCUUCUUUGGUGAUUACUAAUUAAGCAUAUUUGUCAUUUUCAACAAAAAAGAAAAACAAACAAAAAUAUUGUUAUUUCCAAAAUGAAAUAAAGGUUAUUUUCAAUAUAA